UCAAUAUCACUUUAAAGCAAAAUCCCUACACCCCUUCAUUUCUCUCAUAUUUUCAAUUUUCAUCCAUUAUUCAUCUUCUUCAUCCUCCGUACUGUUUCUCUCACCCACACCCAAAGUAAACCGUUCGAUGAUAGCAUAAUCCAAUCAUCUGCAACCUCCGAUUCUCUGAUGUAACCUUGUCGACCAAUCGGAACGGGCGCUGAGUUUUGGUGGUGAGUUAUUGGAAAUAUCGUGCUAAAUCUUGAUUGUUCGUUAUGCAACGACAAAGGAAUAUCUUUGAUAUCUUCCCCGAGAACAUGGAUCUUAAUCAAGGUCCUAGUUACAACGGUUUGGACGAUGAAUGCAAUAGCAGAAUAUCUCCUAACGAAAGGCGUUUAUUAAGUAACGAGAUUUCUGGCGAGAAAAGUUACAGUAGCUGGGACGUAGGCGAAUCAAGCUCUAGACCGAAUGCACAAAACCAUGCAGCUAAUAAUAAUAAUAAUAACAACCGGUCCACUUCACUUGGUACUCAUGAUUCCAGAAUUAGAGAACGACAGUUUGAUUUAUCAAGAGCCGGUAGCUCAUUGAAUUUGCAGAACGCUGGUUCCGACGAUAUCCCUGUGGAUGUAGAUUUGAACCUCGAAUAUAGGGAUGAUGGUGGGCCUGUUAGGGGCAUUUCAUUAGGUAAUAAUCAGAGUCAAUCCUCUGCUAUUGUCAAUUCUCGAGAACCGACUGUUCGUGAGAGCGCAGUCAGGUAUAUUAAUCGAGAGCCAAACAGUUAUAGUCAACGGUCAACUCAACAACCGCCUUCAAUGCCUGUUCCCGGCAUGCCAAGAAACCUACUCCCCUUUCCGUUUAUUGGUACCGGCAAUUCAAGAAACGGAAGUUCAUCAAGUUUGGGAGUUAAUCAAGAUAACUCGAGCUUAGUCACUGGGAGGUCAAACAUUAACGGAGUUAACGGUCAAUAUAGGACGAUAAUGAAUGACGGCAAUGUGCUACCUAAUCUUAACGCCACAACGGAUGAUCAGCAAAUAUCAAAUGAUACACCUCCUUGGGGUCCGUUUCCGUACCUAGAGACCGAGUCUGGAGGUCAUAGAGGACAUUUUCGUAAUUUCCCGUCGGGCCCUUCUGAUGAAAACGUGCUUUUGUCUGGAAGUCGAAACCAGCCACGUGAUCGUCAACCUAAUUUACGGUUGGAGGUAUUUGAUGAUGAAUGGCAGGCUUUUGGUGGUGACCUUGAGGGAAGACAUAGGCUGGUUUCCGAGGUGCGCCAGAUUUUGAGCGUAUUGAGAAGAGGUCAAAACUUUAAUGCUGAGGAUUACUUGCUCGUUGAUCCGGUUAUAAACGGGGUUGCCGAUCUGCAUGAUAGGCACCGGGACAUGAGGCUAGAUGUUGAUAACAUGUCGUAUGAGGAACUGUUAGCACUGGGAGAAAGCAUCGGGGACGUCAAAACUGGGUUGACUGAGGAUGUCAUAAUGAAGUCAAUGAAACAAAGAAAACACCUCUCGUUCAUGGCUAUAACCACACAAAACUUUGAGCCAUGCUGCAUUUGCCAGGAAGAGUACAAUAACGGAGAAGAUGUUGGGAUAUUGGAGUGUGGACAUGAAUUUCACACAUGUUGCAUCAAGCAGUGGCUCACCCAGAAGAAUUUAUGCCCCAUUUGCAAGCUGCCUGGCCUUUCUACUUGAAAAAUCUUGGGGUCCAUAUGUCAGUUUCUAUGUUUAAAAGUUUUAUUGUUUUUUUUGAACUUCAGUAAAGAGAGGGUAAUAAUGGUAUGCUAUGUAAAGAUUUGAUGAUUAUAUUUAUGGGUAGAGCCCAUUGGAUGAUUUAAAGACCGGUUAUUUUAAUAUUUAUGGGUAGAGCCAGCCCAUGGUGAACAUCUUCGGGUUUUA